GUAAAUACGGUAUAAAUAGGCCUGAUAUAUCGAUUUCGAGCAGAUAUACGGUUGGCUAUUCGAUCAUAAAAACUAUAUAAAAAAUAUCACGCGAUAUGGCUUUCCUCAAGUACAUUUUGCCUUACACUUUGUGCGCCGUAGCGUUAGUUUUAUUCCAGAACAGUUUCGUACUCAGCGACGAUGCUUUACAGUGCGUCCGAUGUUCGAGUUCGAGUGCGAACGCCACAAAUUUAACUAAAUGUGACAAUACUGCCAUCACUAUCUCUGAUGAGACUUUGUUAAACAUGACUACUUGCAGCUCAAACAGUUGUGGCACCUACACCUGGAAAAAUUCCGAUGGCACUGUUUUUACUGAGAGGGGAUGUAACAUCACCUGCAGUGACUCAUUAAAGACUAGCCUGAACGUCAGCUCCGGAUGGAACUGUACCAUGUGCAACAACACCGAUUCGAGCAAUUUCUGUAAUCAGGUAGCAAUCACUAACGGCGCCAGCCAUAGUUUCCUAGCUGUGGUGCCGAUGGUGCUGAGCGCUGUCCUAGCUACUUACUUCGCCAUAUAAAGAACAAACGCACUUUUUCUUUAAUUUAAUUAAUAUUUAUGUGUAAAAAAACUACUAAAAUAAAUCACAUAUUUUAAAUAAA